GGUCGGCACUAAGUUCUCAUUUACUAGUGUGCCCACAAAAAAUGACGGAAUGUGCAGAGUGCCAAAAGCGGAUACCACGUGCGCUACUAGAGAGGCACUCCCAAUAUGAGUGUUUUCAGCGCAUGGUCCAGUGUGUGCUUUGCACGGAGAACGUGAAAAGAGAUGGAUUGAAUUUGCACUUAACCAACUGCGAGGAGCGCAGUCGAACCUGUGGUGUUCCUGGCUGUCAUUUUCAUGGCAACAAGGAACAGAUGUUACGCCAUAGAGUCAGCUAUGCGUCGGGCCACGUUGAGCUGUACCGGACGUAUGCUAAACGCCUAGCUCACGCCAUUGCUAAAAAGAGCACCCCAAGCGUAGAAAAAUUGCCUCUGAGGGUAGAGACUUUUCUCUGGUGCACAGAGGCGUUUAAAGAGAAAGCGGCCUCAGCAAGGGCGGGACAACCCCUCACAAGCCCGACAUACAGGAGUGAAGCCGGGGAGAAAUGGAGGCUGGUGCUGUUUGUGAAGCCAUACAAACUUUAUGCACAGCUCCAGUCCUCCGUGGCCCCUCUUAAUGUCAACAUCAGGCUUAUCUUGCUCGAUGACGCGGACGAAAAUAGGGAUCAGAUCUUCACAGCAGAUGGUCUUCUUAUCAAGGAAGGCCAGAUGUUCGGCAAAAGACGGUCUCUAAAGGAUCUUGAAACAUAUGUCGAGGGUCCUCAAAAGACCUUAAAAAAUUAAAAUGAUUAUUGAACAUAUUUCAUAUUCUGUUACUAAUUAGGUUCUGUGAUUGUAUUUUUCUUUGGUUACUCCUCUUGUUUUGUUAAUUUCUUUUAUUCGAGUUGUUUACCUUGUUUGAACAGAAAGUGUAAGUAGGAUCCACGAUGAAGAAAUAAAGGCUAAACUUCAAAACACCCGCCCACUGUUUUGCAUUUUACAUGCGAAAACCCGACGCUCAUAAACACGGUGCGUGUCAAAUUCAUGACAUUCCACCAUUUAUUAAUUAACGUGAUAAAUCAAACUAACCGGCUUGAGAAAACUACGCCCUAAAUCAACGCUCUGAGUUGAAGGGGAGAUUUGUAGUGGUGCAAUCACCCACCAUGUAAUCACACUAAAAUCGUAAAUAAAUAGCAAGGGUCACUCUUAAA